AUGACAACAGCUAUAACAGGAAAAAGGCCUUGCUCGAAAUGUGGCAAAGGCAGUAGUAUAUUUACAUGUCAUGGUUGUCAACAAUCAUUUUGUCGAAAACAUGCUGACGAACACCGUCAAGAACUUACUGAUCAAGUCGAAACUUUAGGCCAAGAACAUGAUAUUCUUCAACGAGAUAUAAACAACGAGACCACCCAUCAUCCGCUUCUAUCUCGCAUAGAUACAUGGGAACGAGAAUCGAUUAAUAAAAUUCAGCAAGUAGCAAAUCAAGCUCGACAUGAUUUAAAUAAAUUCAUCGGUCAAACGAAACAAUCACUUAAAAUGACGAUGGAUCGAUUAAAGAGCGAACUUCAAAUGAGUAGAGAAGCCGAGGAUUAUACGGAACUUGAUUUAAAGAAAUGGAUCGAUCAGUUGACUCAAAUUCGCCUUGACCUUGAAAAAUCGAUGAGUCUGUAUCAUUUAAAUGGUGAUGUUGAUGACGAUCAGAAAUCAAUUAUUCAUUUUAUUUCAGUCGAAGACACACAACCGGCAACGACGUCACAUAGAAACUCUUCUAUUAAUCGAAAUUCAACAGCAGCUAAGCUGGAAAAAUUUUCUAGACAAGAUGAAGCAGUUAAAUUGUCCGACGAGGAUCUGGUUGCUACUUAUUCAGGAUCUAAAUUAAGAAGAUCGGCUAUCCUAUUCGGAGCUAAUCUUUAUUCAAAAGGAAAACACCUUAUUCGAUUUCGAAUCGAGAGAAAGACGAAUGGAAACUUUUAUUUUGGUAUUGUUACACAUACUCAACAUGAUCCCGAGUCAAUAUUUUCCACAUUGACUACUGCUUAUGGUUGGUGGCGAUGUGAUUAUGCUGUUGUACUUGGUGUAGUUAGAAGAAAAUUUUCCAUCAUAGAAAUUCUGGAAGGAGAUGAAGUCACAUUAUCCAUAGAUUGUGAUCAAAGAAAAAUUUUUCUCGAUCAUCAUCGAACACAACGCAGUGUGCAACUAUUAGUUGAUAUUGAUAAAUGUGCACUUCCAUGGAAAUUAGUAGUUGCUCUAUCCUCAGUGGGCAACUGUAUAAGAAUGCUUCAUUAA